AUGAGAGUCUUUUCUGCCCUGCUGGCUGGCUUGACUGCCAGUUUUGCUAUAGCUGGGUGUCCAUAUGGCUUUGACAAAGCAAACGAUCUCGACGAUUUUGCAAAAAUAAAAGCCCACGCCAAUAUUCCUCGAAGUCUCACUUCUCCAGGUACUCCUUCCACCUCUGUGGGUGAAACUGCUGGCAGCAAGGGCGUGUUUUUGAUGAAUCGGAUUGCUCCCGACACUUCCACACUUUAUAUCUCCAACACCGAUGGCAGCAAUGAGCGAGAGCUUUUGUCCGAUUCCGUAUUUGAGUACCAUGCAUCUUUCUCUCCCGAUGGAGAAUGGGUGACAUUCACCACCGAACGGAAUGGCGAUGGAAAUUCUGAUAUCUACCGAGUCCGCAAAAAUGGUUCAGAUCUAGAACAAAUGGUUGCCACUCCGUCGGUGGAAGAUUCCGUGGCGUUGUCUCCAAAUGGACGUCUAGCUGCCUAUGUCUCCACCGCAAACAACUUGAGAGCGAACAUCUGGGUCAUGGAUAUGGUGACAGGAAAGAAAUGGAAUAUCACGGAUACGCCAAUUAUCGCCUCCAAUACCAAUUCCUCUUUAAUGAAUGGGUAUUUCCGACCGGCUUGGUCUCCUGAUGGAGAAUGGAUUGCAUUUUCAUCGGAUCGUAAUUCACAGUACAGUGGCCACGGUGAACCGACAUACCUUGGCCUUACUGGAUGGGAAACGACACAAGAGCUUUCCAUAUACGUGAUUCGUCCCGACGGAUCUGGAUUUCGCCGGGUAGCUACUAAGCCCUACUACUGUCUCGGAUCUCCAAAGUGGUCGUUGGAUGGUAAACGUCUUGUCUACUACGAGAUGACUCGUGAAGACACCUACAACUCGCACAGCGAGUUUACACUUUCGUCGGCAAACUCGUCAAUUAUCUCGGUAGAUGUUGCAACGGGCCAAGAUAGACGAGUAGAAGUUGGUGGGGCUGGUGUCAAGAUAUUUCCUCAAUACCUGGACCAUAAUGGUACAAUCGCUUAUCUUCUAAAAAGUGGCACAAGUACUGAAGGAUUCUAUACAACAUCUGGCCUCUUUUCCAAUAACACUGGUACCGUGCGUUCACCCUGCUGGUCCCCAGAUGGUAAACAGGUGGUGUAUGAAAAGACGACGUGGGGGAUCCGUGAUAGCUAUAAACAGCUUUAUAGUUGGGACCCUGAAUGGGACUAUCGAUUCAAUGACGUCUUCCCGCAGUACUCCUCUGUGGAUGAUCGGGUUGUAAUUACGCAAAAGCAACUCGGAAACUCUUCAAUUGUCACGCUGAACACGACUGGGGGUGACCUGAAACUGGUCUAUGACCCCAGCAAAGCUGAUUUUCUUACCUCGUCACAAUCUUCUGGUGUCGCUGCAUACAAUCCAAAUUGGUCUCGCGAUGGAGAGUGGCUCGUUUUUGGGGUUGGGUUCUGGUUUGAAACUCGGGAAGCGUCUGGUGGAUGGAUCGUGAGAUCAACUGCCAAUGGCUCUUACUCCGAGGUUCUAGUCGAUAGUGCCUACUCCAUUACGAACAGUACGCAACUCAACAAUGGAUACCCUAGCUUUUCACGCGAUGGGAAAAAUGUUGUUUAUCGUGUCUGGGGCGCCGAUACUGCAACCUACGGCAACAAAUCAGAAAUCGGCCUACGUAUUCUUGACUUGGAGACAAGAAAAACGACCGUUUUAACAACGGAAUGGGAUAACUUGCCAGAGUACUCACCCGACGGUGAAUUGAUCCUCUUCACUCGGAAAACCAACGCGUACAAUUAUGACGUUUGCACAAUUCGCCCCGACGGUACUGACCUCCAGGUCCUCACCAGCAGUGGAGCCAAUGAUGCCCAUGCUGUUUGGACUCAGGACGGCCGCAUUAUGUGGUCAACCGGUAUGAAUGGUUUCCGAUACGAGUGCGCAUUAUAUGAUAAUACUUUCCAGCCUUAUGGCCAGAUCAUGAUCAUGAACAAAGAUGGCUCGAACAAGACCGCCCUGACUGACUCCAUGUGGGAAGACUCCAUGCCUCUUUACCUUCCGAAGUCUACUCUUUGA